GCCGGCCGGGCCGGGGACAGGCGGCCACCUUCUCAUCGCCGCUGCCCCCGUCACCACCAUGCUGGCCGCUCGCCCGCCGCACUGGGGGCCCCAUCGCGCUCCAGCCCCCCGUGGGCCCACUGCCAGCCCUGACCCGGGUCUCAGCGGCGGUGGCAGCCGAGGUGCAGGAUGCGAGAAGGCGCCCCCCGGCCGGGCUCCCGCUCCAGGCCUCACACCCCUGCGGCCCUCUGAGCCCACCAUGGCCGUCCCACCAGGCCAUGGUCCCUUCUCUGGCUUUCCAGGGCCCCAGGAACACACACAGGUCCAGGUGUUGCCUGAUGUGCGGCUACUGCCUCGCAGCCUGCCCCUGGCCUUCCGGGACGCGGCUGCGGCGCCGCUACGCAAGCUCUCAGUGGACCUCAUCAAGACCUACAAGCACAUCAACGAGGUUUACUAUGCGAAGAAGAAGCGGCGGGCCCAGCAGGCGCCGCCCCAGGACCCGAGCACCAAGAAGGAGAGGAAGGUCCUGAACCAUGGCUACGACGACGACAACCACGACUACAUCGUGCGCAGCGGCGAGCGCUGGCUGGAGCGCUACGAGAUCGACUCUCUGAUUGGCAAAGGCUCCUUUGGCCAGGUGGUGAAGGCCUAUGACCACCAGACCCAGGAGCUGGUGGCCAUCAAGAUCAUCAAGAACAAAAAGGCCUUCCUGAACCAGGCGCAGAUCGAGCUGAGGCUGCUGGAGCUGAUGAGCCAGCACGACACAGAGAUGAAGUACUACAUAGUGCACCUGAAGCGGCACUUCAUGUUCCGGAACCACCUGUGCCUGGUGUUUGAGCUCCUGUCUUAUAACCUGUAUGACCUCCUGCGCAACACACACUUCCGAGGAGUCUCACUGAACUUGACACGGAAGUUGGCACAGCAGCUCUGCACGGCGCUGCUCUUUCUGGCCACACCGGAGCUCAGCAUCAUCCACUGCGACCUCAAGCCUGAGAACAUCCUGCUCUGCAACCCUAAGCGCAGUGCCAUCAAGAUCGUGGACUUUGGCAGCUCCUGCCAGCUUGGCCAGCGGAUCUACCAGUAUAUCCAGAGCCGCUUCUACCGAUCCCCCGAGGUGCUCCUGGGUACACCCUAUGACCUGGCCAUUGACAUGUGGUCCCUGGGCUGCAUCCUUGUGGAGAUGCACACCGGAGAGCCCCUCUUCAGUGGCUCCAAUGAGGUGGACCAGAUGAGCCGAAUUGUGGAGGUGUUGGGCAUCCCGCCCGCGCCCAUGCUGGAACAGGCACCCAAGGCUCGCAAGUACUUUGAGCGGCUGCCUGGGGGUGGCUGGACCCUACGAAGGACAAAGGAACUCAGGAAGGAUUACCAGGGCCCUGGGACACGGCGGCUGCAGGAGGUGCUGGGCGUGCAGACGGGCGGGCCCGGGGGCCGGCGGGCGGGGGAGCCGGGCCACAGCCCCGCCGACUACCUCCGCUUCCAGGACCUGGUGCUGCGCAUGCUGGAGUAUGAGCCCGCCGCCCGCAUCAGCCCGCUGGGCGCUCUGCAACAUGGCUUCUUCCGCCGCACGGCCGACGAGGCCACCAACACAGGCCCGGCAGGGAGCAGUGCCUCCACCUCGCCGGCGCCUCUCGACACCUGCCCCUCCUCCAGCACCGCCAGCUCCAUCUCCAGCUCUGGAGGCUCCAGUGGCUCCUCCAGUGACAACAGGGCCUACCGCUACAGCAAUCGAUACUGUGUGGGGCCCGGGCCCCCCAUCACCGACUGUGAGAUGAACAGCCCCCAGGUCCUACCCUCCCAGCCUCUGCGCCCCUGGGCAGGGGGUGACGUGCCCCACAAGACACAUCAAGCCCCUACCUCUGCCUCGACAUUGCCGGGGAUUGGGGCACAAUUACCCCCCCAACCCCGAUGCCUCGGAAGACCCCCAUCACCAACAUCACCACCACCCCCGGAGCUGAUGGAUGUGAGCUUGGUGGGCAGCCUUCCCGACUGCUCCCCGCCUCAUCCAGCACCCGCCCCUCAGCACCCGGCUGCCUCAGCCCUCCGGACUCGGAUGACGGGAGGUCGACCACCUCUCCCACCCCCUGAUGACCCUGCCACUCUGGGGCCUCGUCUGGGUCUCCAUGGUGUACCCCAGAGCACAGCAGCCAGUUCAUGACCCUGCCCCCUCCCUGGGGCCCCUCCUGAAGCCAUACCCCCCCAUCUGGGGGCCCUGGGCUCCCAUCCUCAUCUCUUCCCUUGACUGGACUUGCUGCUACCCAGCUGGGGUGGGUGAGGCCUGCACUGACUGGGGCCCAGGGCAGGGGGUCAAGGGAGAGGGGUUUGGCCGCACCCUUCCCGCUAAGACUGGACCCGUGGCCCACUCUCCCCCCUCCCCGUUUUCUAUUUAUUGUACCAAAGACAGUGGUGGUCUGGUAGAGGGGAGAUUAUUCCCCCUUACCCCAGGGCCCUAGGAGGGGGUGGGGGCAGGUAGGGGGAGAUGGCCUUGCUCCUCCUCGCUGUACUCCCCAGUAAAAAGCUUUCUCACAUGCCUGCCUGAGCGUUUGCAGGGCCUUGGCUCCCUCCCCUGACCCUCAGAGGCAUGGUGGGGAAGGUGGUGUGGGGAAGGGGUGCUUUGUGGUGUGGGUAUAUCCCUCCUGGGGG